CCUUCUUUUUGCUUCUUUAGGGUUGCACCUCAUGCUUAAUCACUUGUACUUAUUGUCUCUUCUCUAUGCUUGACGCAGCAGAUUCGCAUCUCAUUUGCAUCGCCAUUUUCUCUUGCAGACACACCACCCACCUUCCCUCCGGCGUCCUUUCACCUCCUAAGUUGUCUUUUUUACUCUUGUCAAGAACCCAUCGGAAUCUGAUUAACCAUCACCCUUCAUUACUCUCUGUUUACUGAUGGAGGAGGACUACUUGGGACUUUUCGUGAAGGAGACCUCCUUCUACAAUCAGAUCGUGCUCGGAAGUUUACUGCCGGAAAAAUUAUGGACUCCGCUCCCACAUUUCGUCCAGGGCUGGCUGCGUAACUACAUUGCCGCCACCCUUCUUUACUUCAUUUCUGGCGUUCUUUGGUGCUUCUACAUCUAUCACCUUAAGCGUAAUGUUUAUCUUCCCAAAGAUGCUAUCCCUUCCAGAAAAGCAAUGUUUUUGCAAAUAUAUGUUGCAAUGAAGGCCAUGCCAUGGUACUGUGUUCUUCCUACGAUCUCCGAGUACAUGGUUGAAAAUGGAUGGACAAGAUGUUUUUCACGGAUAAGUGACAUCGGAUGGGCUUCAUACAUUUGGUAUCUGGGUCUUUAUUUCGUAAUUGUCGAAUUUGGCAUCUACUGGAUGCACAGAGAGUUGCAUGAUAUUAAGCCUCUGUACAAAUAUCUCCAUGCAACUCAUCAUAUCUACAAUAAGCAAAAUACGCUCUCCCCAUUUGCUGGACUGGCUUUCCACCCUCUAGACGGAAUACUGCAGGCAGUGCCUCAUGUGAUCGCUCUUUUCCUAGUGCCCACACAUUUUACAACACACAUCGCGCUGUUGUUCAUUGAAGCUAUCUGGACGGCCAACAUUCAUGAUUGCAUUCAUGGGAAACUCUGGCCGGUAAUGGGGGCAGGAUACCACACCAUUCAUCACACAACAUAUCGUCACAACUAUGGGCAUUAUACAGUUUGGAUGGAUUGGAUGUUUGGUACCCUUCGUGAUCCUUUGGAAGACGAGGCUAAGAAUAUAUGAUGAUAUUAUUCUGUGUUAGGUAGCAGCUGCUUUUAUCAUUUAAAAACUAUUUUUCUUUUUCGACCGUAAAUGGCUGCUUAAUGGUUAAAUUAGGUUAGCUUGGUUUGAUUGGGAGAGAAGAGAAGCAUGGUGGUGGUGGAGGGUUCCUUCAUCUCAUGGUAGAAUUUUUACAUUCAUCUUUGACAGUAAAAAGUGUGAUCUGAUCAAUGUAUGAAUUUCUAAUCUUUGCUUGACCA